UAUCUAUCUAGGACUUUUCAUGAUUUGACAAAGAAUUGUUAGAUGUAACCAUAGCAACCGGUUGUUACUUUUCUGAUAGGUUAUUAACUGACUAGACUACAAUUUUUAAAGUUAAUUAUCUUUAGACAAAGAAAUAUGGAAAACGAAGACACGCCGCAAAUUAUAACACACAUUGAACAUAAUAUGAACCACUGUCUAUUCGAUUGUAAGUGGAUACCAUGUUCAGCAAAGUUUGUUGUCAUUGGAUCUUUGCCGAAAGGAAGUGGAACUCUAGAAAUAUUUGAAAUAAGCUCUGGUGAAUUAAAAAAAGUUAAGGAAAUUGAAAGACCAAAUUCUUUUAAAUGUGGUACUUUUGGUGCCAGUAGUGAUAUAGAGAGAAGAUUAACGACUGGCGAUUUUAAGGGCACCCUCGAAAUAUGGGAUUUAGAAAAAAGUUCUCAGGUUUACAUCACCAAGGAGCACACGGAUAUUAUAAAUUCAAUUGAUGGAAUGGGUGGAAACACUGUUAACUGUGGUGCUCCAGAGAUUGUUACUGGUAGUAGAGACGGGACAGUGAAAGUUUGGGAUCCUCGUCAAAGAGGCAAGGCUGUGGCUAACAUGCAGCCAGCUAAAGGUGAAAUAAAACGAGAUUGCUGGGCUGUUGCAUUUGGAAACUCAUUCAAUGAUGCCGAGAGAAUUGUCAUUGCCGGUUAUGACAAUGGUGACUUAAAAAUGUUUGAUUUACGAACUAUGUCCCUGAGGUGGGAAUGUAACUUAAAAAAUGGGGUAUGCAGUGCUGAAUUUGAUCGCAAGGAUAUACCAAUGAAUAAACUUGUAGCAACAACAUUAGAAGGCAAAUUUCAUGUUUUCGAUUUAAGAACUCAAAAUCCAACAAAAGGCUUUGCACAGGUUCUGGAUAACUCUGCUAAAAGUGGAACAAUUUGGGUUGCUCGCCAUUUACCUCAGAAUCGUGAUUUGUUUAUAACAUGUGCUGGGAACGGCCAGGUGUCGUUGUGGAAAUACCAGUAUCCCGAACAGCGGUCACACGUCGAUUCAAAUGGCGUGACAGUAGGCGUCGCGGGAAAAUUGAACCGUCUGCAGCGCAUGGUUGUCAGCUCUCAGCCAAUCAACGCUCUCGAUUGGAACAGAGACCACACGGGAUUGGCUGUUGCCACAGCUUACGACCAGUGCGUCAGAGUUAUAGUUACAACUAAACUUAAUCUACAUUGAUAUAAAAGUUUCUUUGUAGGUACAAUUAAAUUACUCUUGAAUAUUUAAUUUCAAAGGAGUAAAUUCUGUAUCCGAGCUUUCAUGUGUGUAUGUAAAACUAAGAUUCUUUUUUUUAAAGUACGGAAUACGAUCUGGAUUGGAUUUUCAAUGUUUAAGAAUUUAUUUAUUUGGACUUACUUUAUUACACAUCGGGAUGUAACAAGAAUCUCCGAUAAAUGUUAUUUCCAUUAGUAGUUUUUUUGUAUUUUCUAUGUAAGUAGUGUUUAUACCUGAAUAUUGAAAUGAAAUGAUUCAAAAUGUUCUAUUUAUAUAAAAUUACAAAAAUAGCAGAGGAAAGGAAGCAUGUUGUCUAGUCUUGAUUUCUUAAUAAAUAAGAUGAACUAAUGAA